CGCGGGAGCUGUCGUUCAGCGUGUCAAACAAACCGCGAGCACGUCACGGGCUGUGAUUCUACAAAUGUUACAUUGUAUCUUUAUAUUCUGUUUUAUAAACGAGAUCCGUCCCGCGUAAUGAAGCUUGUGGCGCCAAAUAGUCUAUAAGGUACAUCCAUAUGACACUUAUGGAGAAGAAUCAAGGUUUUAUGGAUCUCAGGGUUUUGACUGCGUCAUGGCCCAGGAGAACUUGUCUGAGCACGAGAUCCGUAAUUGCUUCACCCUUCCUUUGAACAUCCUGGAUAAAACACUAACCCUGGAUCAACAACUCCAUUCAUUAUUUCUGACUGACUCUAAACUUAAACCAGUGUUGACUUAAAGCAACACAUUGGCAGACCUGAUUCUUUCAGAGCAAGGUCAUAGGUACGUUGUAUCUUUGUUGUGAAUGUGAAUUCUGAUGGAGCCGUUGACGUGUGGGAGCUCACCUGCCCGCUGCUCAUAUGGCACCCUGCGCACCUGUUUUCCCAUUCUCACCUGGCUGCCCGUGUACAGUCUCACCUGGUUGAAGAUGGACCUGAUCGCUGGUCUGACGGUUGGGUUGACUGUGGUUCCUCAGGCCCUGGCUUAUGCAGAGGUGGCUGGUUUACCUGUGCAGUACGGCAUGUAUUCUGCUUUCAUGGGCGGGUUCAUCUACUGUAUAUUUGGAACAUCAAAAGACAUCACACUUGGUCCCACUGCCAUCAUGUCUCUGCUGUGUUCAUCAUACAUUGGUGGAGAUCCUGUUUUUGCCGUGGUGCUUACCCUGCUGUGCGGGGUUAUCCAGGCAGGAAUGGCCUUACUGAGGCUGGGGUUUCUCUUGGAUUUUAUCUCAUAUCCAGUAAUUAAAGGGUUCACCUGUGCUGCAGCGGUCACCAUCGGCUUUGGACAGGUCAAGAAUAUUCUGGGUUUGAAGGAUAUCCCACAGCAGUUCUUUUUACAAGUGUACUACACCUUUCACAAGAUACCUCAGGCCAGAGUAGGGGAUGUGGUUCUCGGCCUAUGCUGCUUGUUUUUCUUGGUCAUGAUGAUGGUGAUGAAGAAUUCUCUACCUUUAGUUGAAGAGGAGUCUCCUCGCCUUGUCCGAGCAGCUAGAGGAAUGGUGUGGAGUUUAGCUACUAUCCGUAACGCUCUGGUGGUCAUAGCAGCGACGGGCGUUGCAUACUCUGCAGAGGUCAUGGGGUGCCAUUUCUUCAGUCUCACAGGGAAAACCACCGAAGGACUACCUCCAUUCAAAGCUCCGCCUGUCUCUGAGACAAUAUCCAAUGGCACGGUUGUCACUUUUAGUGACAUUGUGAAGGAUUUGGGUGGCGGUCUGGCUGUCAUUCCUUUAAUGGGUGUUCUAGAAAGCAUCGCUAUUGCUAAGGCGUUCGGUAGCAAGAACAACUACAGAAUUGAUGCUAACCAAGAGCUCUUCGCCAUUGGGCUAACUAACAUCAUGGGCUCAUUUGUGUCGGCAUAUCCCGUCACAGGCAGUUUCGGAAGAACUGCAGUUAACUCUCAGACUGGAGUGUGUACACCUGCUGGUGGGAUAGUCACAGGUGUUAUAGUGCUGCUGUCGUUGGCAUUCCUCAUGCCGCUGUUCUUCUACAUUCCUAAAGCUUCACUCGCUGCCGUCAUCAUCUGUGCCGUGAGUCCCAUGGUGGACUUCAGUGUGCCAGUCCAGCUCUGGAGAGUCAAGAGACUUGAUCUACUGCCUUUCUUGAUCACGUUUCUGGUCAGCUUCUGGGAAGUGCAAUACGGCAUUGUGGGAGGUGUUGUUGUUUCUAGUUUCAUGCUUUUGUACGUAAUGGCCAGACCCAAAGUCAAAGUGUCUGAUCAUGGUGUUGUGGUCCUGGAGUUGGACAGUGGGCUGAACUACCCUGUCACUGAACAUCUCAGCAGACUCGUAUACACUCAUGCGCUUCAGGUUUCUCCUCCGCGCUGUCUGGUUCUAGAUUGUUCUCACAUCAGCGUUAUAGACUACACUGUCGUCCAUGAACUCGCAGAGCUGCUCAAACAGUUUGAACUCGGAGGAGUAUCGCUGGUCUUUGCAGGACUAAAGCCGUCAGUAUUAAAGGUGUUGUUGACCGCUGAGCUUCCUGGAUUCAGACACACAGACAGUGUAGACGAGGCGCUGCAACUCCUCACUGUGAUAUCCCCCAUUACAACCAACAGUUCCAACCACCAAUCACCGGCGAGAGCAGAAACUGAUCAUACGGCUUUGAGCCAAUCAGUACCUGGAUACUCGAAACCCUCAAGUCAGUGAUUGGUCACAUGAAACAUUCUUAGCACACCUUUGACCAAUCACCGCUCAGGAAGAUAAAGUUCUGUUGCGUAAUGAACUUGUACAUGGAACCAAAUUAUGUUUUGUCAUGAUAUUGAAAGAUACUUUUGUAUUCCAUUGUUUUUCUUAAGCCCUGAAUCACGUUUGUUAUACUGUGUAAUAGCAUUAACAUGCACUCAUUUAAUGUUACAGGUUUAAUGGAAAUUAUGCUCAAUCAACAGCAACUGUACUGUAUAUACUGUGUGUGUGUGUGUGUGUGUGUGUGUGUGUGUGUGUGUGUGUGUGUGUGUGUGUGUGUGUGUGUGUGUGUGUGUGUGUGUGUGUGUGUGUGUAUAUAUAUAUGAAGUUCAAUUAAUUUUGUUGUUGUAGUCAACAUUAGGCCUAUACCACAAAUGCUGUCCAUUGAGCUUAAGUUGUGUUGAACCCGGAACAUUUCUUUAAGUUUUAGCACUAAAAAGAAUCAGACUUUUGGGAUAAAAGCACUAAAAAUCAGGUUCUAAAAUCUGAAUGAAUUACAAAAGAGGGACCACAACCCAAAGAAUAAUGCAGUGGUCAAAAAGCCUCUUUUUCCUGUUUAUAAGCAUUAACGUGUAUGUUUAGUUUGAUUUAGUAAGUUUUUAUGAAACUGAAUGUUCUUUAAGAUACUCCUGGACUGACCCAAAUGAAAUGGACUCUACAGGUUGGCAUUACAAACUGAAAUGUGCCUUUUGAUAUUAAACUGACAUAUUGUA